CUGCGAUUUAUUUUUUUUGUUUACAUUUAUUUAUAGAAUAUUUCUGAUAAGUAUUUCAAUUGAAAAUAGAAUAGAAACAAACAUUAACUCAGUAAAACAUUGCAAAAGUAAUUAAUGCAACAACAAGUAUAAAGUUGAAUUGAUAAAAUUAAAAAUAAAGAAAAAUGUCACGCCGCAGAACAAAUGCUGGUUCUUAUGAACUCUUAAGUAGUGAACCGGAGGAACAUGAUCAACCCGAUGGCUUUGUAGAUGAACAAUGGGUGGAACCAGAAAGAAAAUUCCCUUGGAAAACGAUAAUAUUUAUAUUAUUUUUCUUUGUGGCCGGAGCGACCUGUUUGACGUUUAGUAUUUUAGUAUCGUCAGGUGUAUUUAAUGAAAAAUAUGCUGAUCGUGCUUGGCCACUAUUGAUAAUGGGUAUUUUAAUGUUUAUACCAGGAGGUUAUUAUGGAUACAUACUACUGUGUAUUUUUCUUAAACGUGAUGGUUUUACGGUCGAAGACAUACCAAUGUUGUAAGUGGAGUGGGGAGGAUAACAAAAUCUCGAACGCAAACAACUGCCUCCAGUUUUUGGACUGUAAUGUUUAAGAUGAAAAUAAUUUAUAAAAUUUUUUAUAUGAAAUAAAAUUAUUGUUUUAAUGCCAA